AUGGCAGAUAAGGACAGUGUCGAGAAGUUCCUUGACAACAACCCACAGUUUGCCAUGGAGUACUACGAGAAGAAGGUCAAAGCGGAUGUGAUCACUGCUGCCUUCAAUAACCAGGUCCAGGUGAAAGAUGCAGCCUCAUACAAGGAUGCCACUAACAUCCAGGAGGCUGCGUUCAUGUUUGAACUCAUCAAAGAGAUGCAGGGCACCAACCCAAUGGAGAAAGCGCUGCACAAAGUCCUCCAGAGGAUUUCUUUGCUGAUCCAGGCUGACCGCUGCAGCUACUUUGCCUACAGGUCCCGGAAUGGCUCUCCCGAACUGUCCACUCUCCUCUUUGAUGUGACAGCCACUUCUCCAUUUGAGAAAAAUCUUGUGAACCCAAACGUAGAAAUUGUGUUCCCUACUGACAUGGGGAUUGUUGGAUGGACAGCACACUCAAAGAAGCCCCAAAAUAUUCCUGAUGUGAAGAAGGACUCACACUUCAGUGACUUUGUGGACAAGCAGACUAAAUAUACCACCAAGUGUAUGCUCUCUGCUCCCCUUAUGAGUGGAAAGGAGCCCAUUGCUGUUAUCAUGGCACUUAACAAGCAAGGCGCUAAUGAGUUCUCAAAGAGUGAUCAGGAGCUCUUCAAUAAGUAUGUCAACUUUGCUGCAGUAAUUGCUCUCCAAGCCCACACAGCAUAUAUGUGGGAUACUGAGUCCAGAAGAAGCCAGGUUUUGCUGUGGUCAGCAUGCAAAGUGUUUGAGGAGUUGACGGAUAUUGAGAGACAGUUUCACAAAGCUCUGUACACAGUGAGGACCUACCUUAAAUGUGAGAGAUACUCUGUGGGACUCUUGGACAUGACUAAAGAGAAGGAAUUUUUUGAUGAGUGGGCAAUCAAAUUAGGAGAUCAGGAGCCGUAUAAGGGCCCAAAGACCCCUGAUGGCAGAGAAAUAAUUUUCUACAAGAUUAUUGAUUACUUGUUGGAAGACAAAGAGGAGAUCAAAGUUAUCCCAAACCCUCCUGCUGACCACUGGGCUCUAGUCAGUGGACUACCAACAUACGUGGCUGAGAAUGGAUAUAUUUGCAACAUGAUGAAUGCCUCUGGAGAUGAAUAUUUCAAGUUUCAGAGAGAAGCUGUGGAUGAAACUGGAUGGAUGAUCAAGAAUGUCCUGUCCCUUCCUAUUGUCAAUAAGAAGGAAGAAAUAGUGGGUAUUGCCACUUUCUUCAACAGAAGAGAUGGCAAACCAUUUGAUGAGAAUGAUGAACAAAUUACAGAAGCCCUGACACAGUUCCUGGGCUGGUCCAUGCUCAACUGUGACACCUAUGAAAAGCUGAACAGGACGGAGUGGAGUAAAGAGGUGGCCCAAGAAAUCCUCAUGUAUCAGACCAAAGCCACACCGAGUGAUGUUCAGACCAUUCUGAACACCCAAGAGAAGUUUGGGAGUACACCUGAAGACUGUGACCAGAAGGAGAUGUACAAACUACUGAGGGCCAAUAUCCCAGAGUCCAAGUCUGUGGAGCUGCUGGAGUUCCACUUUAGUGACUUCCCCUUGUCAGAAUUUGAACUCAUUAAGUGUGGAAUCCGUUGCUUCUUUGAGCUGGGAGUGGUGGAGAAGUUUAAAGUCCCAGCAGAGACUCUGACGAAGUGGAUGUAUACUGUUCGCAAGGGCUACCGUGACAUCACCUACCACAACUGGAGGCAUGGCUUCAAUGUUGGUCAGACCAUGUUCACACUGCUGAUGACAGGUAAGCUGAAGAAGUACUACUCAGAUCUCGAAGCCUUUGCCAUGAUUGCUGCUGGAUUCUGCCAUGAUAUUGACCACAGAGGAACUAAUAAUCUCUACCAGACAAAGAGUGCAUCACCACUGGCAAAGCUUCACAGCACUUCAGUUAUGGAGCGCCAUCAUCUUGAGUACAGCAAAACUCUGAUGGAGGAAGAGACCCUCAACAUUUUCCAAAACCUUCAGAAACGUCAGUUUGAGACGGUGCAGCAUCUUUUUGAAGUGUGCAUAAUUGCCACUGAUCUGGCCCUCUAUUUCAAGAAGAGAACACUGUUUCAGAAAAUUGUGGACACCGUUCAGCCAAUGGCAGAUGAGAAGGAGAGUCUCAACUUCAUCUCAAACAAUUCUACUAGGAAGGAAAUUAUCAUGGCAAUGAUGAUGACAGCUUGUGAUUUGUCAGCCAUUACUAAGCCUUGGGAAAUCCAGAGCAAGGUUGCUUUGAUGGUGGCAGCAGAAUUCUGGGAACAAGGAGAUCUUGAAAGGACCGUUCUUGAUCAGCAGCCUAUUCCAAUGAUGGACAGAAACCACGCUGAUGAGCUACCCAAGAUGCAGUGUGGUUUCAUUGAUUUUGUCUGCUCCUUUGUGUACAAGGAGUUUGCUAGAUUCCACUCGGAGAUCAGCCCCAUGUUUGAUGGACUGAACAACAACAGAGCAGAGUGGAGAGCCCUGGCUGAUGUCCAUGAGGCCAAAAUGAAAGCAAUUGAAGAGGAGAAGAAAAGGCUGGAAGGUGGAGGCCAAGUCGCCGAAGGUGGGAAGUCAAAGACGUGUGUUAUCUGCUAG